AUGUUCGCCCACGUCCUCACUGUGGCCCUCGUGGCCCUUCUCUCGGCUUCCCCCGUUCUGGCUCACAUGACUCUGGCCUCGCCUGUUCCCUUUGGCAACCCGACCACGUCUCCCCUCAACUCGGACGGCUCCAACUAUCCUUGCCAGAUUGUCGGCUCGGCUUCCACGUUCUACGCCGACUCCGCCUCGUCUGCCAACAACACCAUGGCCUUGGGCGCCACCCAGACCCUCAGCUUCCACGGCAGCGCCGUGCACGGCGGCGGCUCCUGCCAGCUGGCCCUGACCACGGACCUGCAGCCCUCCGCGUCCACGUCGUGGCAGGUCAUCCUGAGCAUCGAGGGCGGCUGCCCUACCACCGACGGUAGUGGCCCCAGCACCUACGACUACACCAUCCCGGACUCCAUUGCCCCCGGCAAGUACGUCUUUGCAUGGACCUGGAUCAGCAAGCUGUCUGGCGCCCCCGAGUACUACAUGAACUGUGCGCCGGUGACCAUCACCGGCAAGGCCGCCAAGCGCGAUGCCAUUGAGGCGCGUGGCGGCAGCGCGUCGUCUUCGUCGUCUUCGUCGUCGGCCCUCCCCAACCUGUUUGUCGCCAACCUAGCCUCCAUCAACAGCUGCAAGACCACCACCAGCACCGACCCCGUCUACCCCGACCCCGGCCCGAACCUGCUGAAGCCCAGCAAGAUGACGACCAACUUCCAGCCGCCCUCUGGAACCGACUGCUUCCCACGGGGUGCCUCGUCGAACUCGUCUUCUGGCUCUGGCUCUGGCUCUGGCUCUGGCUCUGGCUCGUCCAGUGUCGCUGCUGGCUCUGCCUCUAGCGCCGCUCCCGUUGCCGCCUCCUCUUCCAAGGCCACCUCGGUGGCCGUUCCUGCCACUACGCUGACCACACGGACAAAGUCGGCAUCCUCGUCUGCUACCGGCACUGCCAAUAGCACCGCCAAUGGCACCGCCACGGCCACGGGCGGCGUCUUUGUCACCGUCUCCACGGGCGCCCCGGGCGCUACCGGAGCCAGCCACACUGCGUCCGGCACGACGCCAUCCACCACCCUGGCCUCGGCUGCUUCGCCCGCGUCGGCUGCUCCCAAGGCGUCUGGUUCUGCCUCGUCUUCGGGCUCUGGUGGUGGUCUCAGCGGUGCCUGCACGACCGAGGGCAUGUUCAACUGCAUCGGCGGUACCCGGUUCCAGCAGUGCGCUUCCGGCACGUGGACGGUUCUUCAGGCCAUGCCUGCCGGCACCAAGUGUCAGGACGGCCAGAGCACGACGCUCUGGGCUCGCAGUGAGAUCACCUCGCCCAAGCGCCUCCGUCGUGCCCGCCGGCUGUAG